GAGCAGCUUUAUGGCAUCGCUCGGCAUUGAAAGAUAAAUGUUAUGGCCCCGGUAGCCGCAUCGUAAAGAUAUGACCCCAGUCCGGGGUUUAUAAAGCUGGGCGGUUGCUCCUUUUGCGAAUUAUUCGUAAAGCUAAAAUGAAAGCGUUCAUGCUGAUCGUACUGCUGGUGGCUCUUGUGGCUCCCGCAAUUGUGAAUGCCGCAUGCGGUACGUGCGUGGAUUCGCAUACCUGCAUCGGUGAAUCGUUAUUCCAGAUAUGCUACGAUGGUGUUCCGGAUCAGACCAUCAACUAUACUUGCCCCGAUGCCACCCCCAUUUGCACGACCUACAAUGUCAUUUGCUUGGCCAACAGCACGGAUGUUAAACGAGGCUGCGGGGAUGUCGCAAACUGCGGACUUUGCCCCGGAUCCGCCAGCUUCGCGUGCACUUCAAAGACCACUUUCGCUCUCUGCAACAAUGGAGUGGUUUCCAACAGUGAUAUCACCUGUGCCAACGACUAUGUUUGCAGUGUUGCAGGUGCUGCCAAUGGAUCUCCCUGCAUUUCGCGAUGCAGCUCUACCGACUCGGAUGUCUGCGAUAGGAUUUUGGAAACGGAUGAAGUAGUACAGAGCACCACUCCUUCUUCUACCUCAACCGGAACUACUUUGGAUUCCAGCACCGAAAGCUCUUCUACAGAUUCAUCAGCAGUAACCACUGAGUCUUCUGCAGGAACUACGGUUACCAACUCCACGGGGUCUCCUACUACAGAGACUACGGGUGAAACUACCACUGGGUCGCCUUCUACCGGAACUACGGGUGAUAGUUCCACUGGGUCCUCAGAAGUCACUUCGGAAAGCACAGUGACUGUGACUGCCACCACCGAAGGCACUGCCACCACUCCCACCUUUAAUGAAAACGUUUAUUGCCAAGGAAUCAACUCAACGGGUCGCUAUCCCAUACCCAAUGAUACAGUGUGCACCAGCUUUUUAUACUGCGUACUGAGGAGCGGAAGUUGGACGGGAUUGCUUUACAAUUGCACCGCUCAGAAGCCCUUUUUCGAUGCUGAUAUUUUCAAUUGUGCGACUGUAAAACCAGCUUAUGCGGGAUGCACUAAUUUAGUCUAAUAUCCUAAACAUUAUAUUUUAAUUUUAUAAAUAUCGCACAUUUUUAUUUAAUAAAUGAA